UGGUCGUUCAAGUGGCAAGGAAGACGUCGCUACAACCGCCGCCGUCCGUAUCAUCUCCAGCAACAUCAUCAUGGUCAUCCGGGUUUUCAUCGCGUCUUCCUCUGGCUCUACGGCAAUCAAGAAGCAGCAGCAGGACGUGCUGGGCUUCCUGCAGGUGAACAAGAUCGAGUUCGAGGAGUGCGACAUCGUCGUGAGCGACGACAACAAGCGCUACAUGCGCGAGCACGUGCCGCGCGACCACUGCCCCACCAGCGGCGUGCCGCUGCCUCCGCAGAUCUUCAACGGCGAGUCCUACCUCGGGGACUACGAGUCGUCUUUCGACGCCAAGGAGAACAACGCCGUGUUCACGUUCCUCGGCCUCACUCCCCCGCCCGGUUCAAAGGAGGCAGAGGCUCUGGCUCGGCAGUAGCCGUGGACGGGGUCUGGUGCCCCCCGCUGGGAGCUGCUCCACAUUCCCUCGCGGCUUCCGGUGGAAGAUUCCUCGGGGGAAUCCUCCGGCAUUCCGCACAGAAGAAACCCAGACGGAAUUCCUCGUGGAACAAGAAAAUCCCAACCCUUCUUUUUGAUCCUCUGUAAGGAUUUCGUUGUUUUGUUGUUGUUGUUGUUGUUGCCGUUGUCGUCGUCGUUGUUGUUGUUGCAAGUUUACCCGUGCUGAUAUUUAACGAGCAAAUGACAAACGUUUUGGUACGCGCGGCCGCGCGCGUUCACCUGUAAUACACACACGCGC